CCGGCAGACGGACCCCUGUCAACAAUCAGGAGAAACAAAAUCCGGGUGCUGAAAGAACGGCCAAACAGCAAAUUGUGACGUCAGCGCAUCUACCGGACUGCUCAGUUUCACGCUUUCCAUCCUUUAACCACGGCAAUAAUAAUCCUCGACUCGACCGAGCGACAGAAAUUGACAAGCGCGACGCCAGCGAGCCUAGCCAAGGGGUCGUGACUUCUGCGCACGUCUCGUUCAGGAAUGUUCGGACCCUGCCUGCCUGACCUUCUCUCACCCGAUUUCUCCCUUGCAACGGGUGUUCCUGCAUUGCCGCCGUGAGCCGGCGCACAUCUAUAUCCAACACCAUUCCGCGUUCUCUCGUUCAACCACCUUGGUCGGCGACAUCGACAGAAGGCCCUUCACUACGACCCGCGUCCGCGCGUCAAACAUCUUUGAACAUACGUACGACAUCACCGACACCCCCCGCUCGCUCGCAAUGGUGUCGGGAGAGAAAAAGGCCUCGACCGAGGACAGGAAACGACGAUCGGCGACGCACCCGCCCAAGACCUUCAGGGAGCGCUUCCUCCACUCGCUGCCGUUCUACACGGGACCUUAUGGCGUAAGCUUCCUCGAGAUUGAGGCGCCCGUCAGCCAGCCGCGUGUGGUUUCCAACCUCAGGCGCGAUAACGUGCCGCUGCUUAGGCUCGACACCGUCCUGUUCGCCGUCUACUACCCGUGCGCCCUCAAGACCAAGACAGACGACCACUCCGCUCCCGAGAACGACGGCAAGGGGAAAGCCGGCGGGAAUGGGAUCAAGUCGCAGCCCUCGCGGGUCGGAUGGCUCCCUCGCCCGCGUGUUCUCACCUGCAAGGGCUACGCCAAGUUCUUCAGCGUCCCGAACCUGCCGGUGACGGCCUACAUCGCCGCCACUUCCAUGUUCACCAAGCUCCCGGCGUUGCGCAAUGCCAAGCUCGCGGGACACUGGCCGGAAGACAUGCUGGGCGACGACGGGCCCACUGGACGGACGGCACGCAACGAGGAGUCGAGUUCCGGCACGAGCCCGACUUUCCCCGUCAUCAUCUUCAGCCACGGUCUCGGGGGCUCCAGGAUGAGCUACAGCUCCAUCUGUGGCGAGCUGGCGAGCUACGGUUUCAUCGUCGUGGCGGUGGAGCACCGGGACGGGAGCGGCGCCAGAACUUACGUCAACCUGCCCGAGACUCGCGAUGUGUCCGACAGCGAUUCGUCGACAGCGUACGUCAAGAGCUUCAGCGCCCAGAAAAUCAAGAACAAGAAAAAGGGCAAGCAGAGCGACCGGCACUACUGUGUCGACUACCUCUUCCCCAAAGACAACGCCCAGGACACUGCGCCCCAUAACGCACGCGGUGUCGACACGGAAUUGAGAACGGCCCAGAUCGAGAUGAGAAUGGCGGAGAUGGAGGAGGCCUACCGCAUCCUCGGGCGCAUCAAUAGCGGCCGGGGGCACGAGGUGGAAGCUACGAACCUGAGGAGGAAGGGCAACGUCGCCUCCAGCUCCCAGGGUCUCACAGGGAUCAUGUGGGAAGACUGGAAGGGCAGGAUGUUCCUCGAGAACGUGACCAUCAUGGGCCAUUCGUUCGGCGGGGCCACGACGGUCGAAACCUUGCGGACGGAAUCGUUCGCCUGGGUCGGCCAGGGCAUCAUCCUCGACGCUUGGGGCCCAGCCACCGUGCUGCCUUAGGCUCAUGCCGUCGCUGACAACUUGCGCAGCUUGAUUGAUCUCAUCUUCGGCAUAUUCGACCAU